AAGAUGGUAAAGUAUUAUUUCAAGGAUUUGUCCGAUUCAUGGAUGCGUAAUCGACGUAAGGUUAUCGUUUAUUUGAGUCCAUUUUUAUGUGCAUCGUUUCUGUUGUUAUGGUUUCCAUGGACAAAUCAUACCUCACAUUCAUUUCUUACGGGUCUUCAUCUCAUUGUUGCGUUAUUCUUAUACGAUGCAUUUUACAGUUGUAUUAACGUUGCAUGGGGCGCGUUAUUUGCUGAAUCAACUCAUGAUCCCAUUACACGAGUAACUGCAAUAAAGUAUUCGCAAUUCGCAAUUUUAAUGUCUGUGAAUAUAAUCUCAAUCACCGAAAAGCUUUCUCACAGUCUCGAAGAAACUGAUGGUAUUAUGAUUGAACGAGCUGCACUGGUGCCGAAUGAUGAACACGCUAAAAUUCGUUCAGCGCUGAGUAUGGCGUUGCAAGUUUUGAAAAGACUUGAUUUUGUUGUACUCGUAUUGACAAAUUUUCUUCACAAUUGCAGGUCGGUGUCUCAUCUUAAUUUUGCGGCAAUGGCCGUUAAAGUCUUAAUACCGGAAGAGACGUUGCCCAAUGGUUCAUGGUCUAAAAGUUUCUUUUUCGGAGCUUGUACAGUUCUCCCGCAGGUACUCAUAAUCGGCAGUGGCAGUUUCAUAUCGAAAAGAGGUGUGUAUCGAGUCAUUAUGACAUCAUUCAUUCUUUCGAUAGUUUCGGCUAUAAUUUUUUCAAUAUUCGCUGGCAAUCGUCCCUUAUUAGUGAUGUUGUUCAUGUUCUUCGACAGUGUUUUGGUUCAUUCAAUCGCACCAUUAUUUCAAAUAUUAAUCGCUGAAUUUGUUGAUGAUGAUGCUAAACGUCUUUCUAGAAGCAAACCGAUCUCUUCGUUAAUAUUCAGUUUGAAUGCUCUGUUAGUGAAGCCAGCUCAGUCGAUCACGCCAGUUAUUGUUUUGUUUAUUCUUGGCGAACGAUACACUAAUGCGUUACAGGCGUACGACAGUGCAAAAUUUGAAGAGAUGGAGCAUGAGAAGACAACCAUGUGGUCUAUCGUUUGUUCAACGCCGCUACUGCUGGCAACAGCCCAGUGUUUUAUAUUACGCUUCUAUUCACUGAAAAAUGCUCAUCUUAGCACGAGACUUUCGCGAAAUAUUUGA